AUUUUAUUAAAAUUUGUUGAGUCAUAAUAAUGGGCAUAGUAUUAUACGAAAUAUUUGAUGACGAUAUAUACUGGAACGCUAUUCAGAUUGCUGUGGAAAAUCUAGCAGCACCAGUCGAUAUUAUUCCUAACACACAAAAACCAACAUACAAUGAAAAUUACGUAUCUCACACUAUUCCUGGUUAUACAUUAUCGGGAUUCAAAAAUCAUUUUCGAAUGUCCCGGCAAAAUGUUGCUGAAUUGUGUCCAGCUUUUGCUUCUUAUACAUGGUUAAUUGAUAAACAGGAAAGCUUUCUGGCAGUUAGUGACCGAUUCGCCUUCUUAAAAGGAACAGUCUAUUAUAUUUUUUUACAGGUCCUCAAUGCCAUAAUAGAAUUAAAGUAGCAGUAUAUCAGAUGGCCAGAUGCCAAUGAAUGUAUGCGUAUUUCAUUAUGAAUUGAAAAUCAUUUUCCUGGUGUUACAGGAAGCAUUCAUUGAUGGAUGCCAUGUAGACAUUAAGCAGCCUGUAAAUAUUGAUAUGGAUUUUUACAAUCGUAAAGAGCGGCACAGUAUUAUACUCCAGGCGGUAUGGGAUGAUAGAUGCAUCUUUACAGAUGUAUUUGUUGGAAUACCUGGAAGGGUACAUGAUGCAAGAGUUUUCGAAAUAGUCCAUUGCACAGAAAAAUCAUCAGUCAUCCACCUUUGAUUCUCUUUUCACAGCAUUUGGGUUACUUAAAGGUACCUAGUUAAAAAUAGAAUUUACAAUACUUCUUUAAUUCUAAAAUUUUUAUUGUGUGUAAAUGGAGACUUUUAAAAUAUCUUGAUAUGUCAUUAGCAGAUAAAGUUCCAGAAGUUAUUUUAAGUAA